GAGCACGCCGGCGGCGCCGAGGCCAGCCGGGCGGGGGCCGGCGGCGCGCCGGCGGACGAGGUGGGCCUGCGAGGCAGCUCUACGCUGGGAAGCCCUACGCUGCAGGGCACCAUGGGGGUGGGCGGCCUCACCGGAUUGCUGGGCAGCUUCAGCUUCACGCCCAUGGCGCGGCCGCCGCAGCGCGAGGGCGGCGAAG